AUGCAGAGCCUCACAUCACUUCCCACCGAGAUUCUCCACAAGAUCAUCCGCUUUGCAGAGCCGGAGUCACUCAAGACGCUACGGCAGGUAUGCCGAUCCCUAGGCGAAAUCGUCAAAGAACGCCAUUUUGAAUCCAUUACUGUUUACGCAAAAGAGGAGAGCUGCGACAAAUUUACUGACUUUCUUGAAAAUGAAGACCGUGAUUGUCUACAUUUAGUGACGAAAGUGUAUCUCGACCUCAGUGCAUUUGAAUAUGAUGGCUAUCGUGUAUACAACUAUGGGAUCUGGGAGGGGCCUAGGGAGAAGACAUUUCGCAGAUUGGUAAGGCUGUUUCCUCGUCUUAAGGAACUUCCACGACUCCGGAGCAUUGUACUUGGCUUCUACCCCGAGUCUCCUGGCGGUGUUGAUGGAGUUUUAGACGUUCCUUACACGCUUGGAAUCCGCUCAGCCGCAAUCAAAGAGUUCCUGUCGGCGAUCACAACACUGCCUCAAGUGCCACAGGAACUCGCAUUUCGAGAGCUGCUGAAUGUGAAUGAAAGCAAUCAGGACGAGGUGGAGAAGAUUGAGAAGGUCCUACAAAAUUUGCGUUCGCUCCGUCUGAACAUCACUAACCCGCACAAUUGGGGAGACCCAGAAACUACCUUACACCACGAUGACAUGCACACUUUCUUUUCGACACUACCAUCCUUCUGGCUGAAGCCCGCUCUCCAGAUUUUAGAACACCUCACCAUUUACUCUAAUGUCUAUUUUGGCUACUACCCAAGUUGGAUCUCCGUGGUGUACAUUUCCCGCGACUCAGGACUCUGGCACUUGGAAAAACUCUACCUCGACGACUGCACCAUCCUCUGGGCAGUAGCACCUUCCAAUAAAGAAAGGACCUACCUGGGUGAGGAUAGUUACACCACCCAUCCUAAUUUGGUGGGAAGAGGCUACGCAACAUACGACACACGCUGGCACCAUUAUUUCCAAUCUUUCCAUGAACUGCGGCACCUCCGGCACUUCCGAUACGGACGUUCUGAGUAUUGGCGGGGAAAUACCAUCCCAUUCGAGCGCGAGACCGAAAUCAUCAUCGGUAUGCAUGAAGAAAGCUACCUGACCUUUAGUGACUCUUAUGCGCAGGAAUUAUCCUAUGAUUAUGGCGCCUGGCUCAGGAUCAAGUGGGAGGAAGGGGGGCCUCUGCCAUGGAUAGAGGAGGAUCAGACGAGCCUGGAGGAACUCCUUGCGAAAAUUGGUCAGAGAUACGUGAUAGAUGAGGCGACAGAGCAUCAAAUAGCUCUUGCGCGGGAGCUCAGACGACCGAGAGCCGCUGUUGCACCUAUCGACGAGUAG